UAAUACUGUAAGAUCCAAUGUUUGUUCUAGUAAAAACAGGAAAGAAACUCUCACUGUAACUUUCCAUGCAAAUCCCUCAGUUUUCGAACUUACUGACCAUGUUCAGCUCCCUUUGCCUUUCCUUCAAAACCCAGUUAACCCUUUCUUGGCUUUUGAGCUUUCCCUUUCCACUAUAAAUACUUGAACUAUCUCUUACAGCACCUCUCAAGCUCUUCUUUGAGCUUUUUUUCUAGUAAACCCUAGUUUUAAUUAAUUCUUUAAUCAUAUAUCCACCACCACCAUGGCUGGUGAGCUUAAGUUCCAAGCAUACGACAAGUACUGUGAAACCACCAAACCCUCCUCUUCAAGGAGGAGAAAGGGUCGUCAUGGUUUCACCACCAAGUGUGCUUCCUUGAUUAAGGAGCAACGUUCUCGUAUUUAUAUCUUACGCCGUUGCGCCACCAUGCUUCUCUGCUGGUACAUCCAUGGCGAUGACUAGCUUAAUUCUCAAAUAUAGAUAACUUCUCUCGUAUACAUAUAUAUGUUAUAUAUAUAUACUUUCUCCUUCUUUAUUCUAUGUUUUUCUUAAUAAGGUCUUGAAGCGCAGAUUAUUGUAUAUGCUGGUUCGGUCCGGUUUGGUUUCAUGGGCUAAGGGUGUGGUUUAUCUCAGCUCAGCUAUGGAUUAUUAUUAUUGUUUUCUCCUUUUGAGAGCAAAAAAUCCACUUCUUUUUUACCCAAUUGGGAGGAAUUAUCCAUUAAUUGGGUUUUUGGGAGCACAAGAAAGGAGAGAUAAUUGACAGAGCUGCACUGUAUUGCUUUUUCACCAGCCGGGCAUCAAGUCUAUAUAUGCAAGAAAAUAUAUAUCUGUUCAUUUGGAGCUUUGUCUUGAAAUAAACAUGGAGGAAUAAUCAUCAUCAUCAUCAUAAUCUGGGUGUUGUUAAUUAUUGUUUAUCUGUCAAGGGUUUGCUUGCCUGUCGAUUUAAGGGUUAAUUGCAAUUUGUAUUUAGGUUUCUCUUGUACACUUGGCUAUGGCUAUUGCUGUAUUUUUUUUUUUUUUUUUAAUUUUUUUU